AUGAAGUUCCCAGUGCCUGGUCUUUCAGGCUCCUUCAUGAAGCUUCUAGUGGUUGCGUUGUCAACGCAACUUGUCUCGGGCAAUGGAAGUUUUCAUCUCAAAGUCAGCGACUGCAGCCUAUUAGAAGAAGGUCUUGUAUUCAAGGCAGUCAAGAGUAUGAAAUUAGCUGCUUCUGUUGCAGAGGAUCGCACAAAGAAGUUACUAGAAGUGCUUAGGAAGAAUCCAGGCCCAGACGAUUCGGUUAAAGGCUCUGAUAUCUCAAGCUUGAUGUUUUUUGAAACUAUGUUUGGAGAGGUGGAUCCAUGCGGAGGGAUUCAAAGGGUGGAGGAUAUUUACAAAAGAAUUGUUACGUUUCGGGAAACUCUCCAGAACCCUCAGUAUAAGGUCAACAUUGUAUGUCGGGAAGCUUUCCUGAAGCAGGAAGAAGGCCUUGAUAUGGAUACUGAAGUCAUGGACAUGCGGCCCCCAGAAUGGGGCGGUCAAAGGUUAAACUUUGUUGAGUCUAAGGACCAGUUGUUCCCAUGUAAGAGUGGGGAGACACAGGCCUGGUCCUCAACAAAGUAUGACAUGGAACCAGAGCUCGUAGACCUUACAGUUCUAUGUGAUCAAGUUUUGAAGUCUUCGAAUUGGAACGAAUACAAUUCUGUGCCGUACGAGACUUUACGAAAAAAGGAGUUUGAACCCGAUUCCAGAAAAAUCGAUGAUAUUGAUGAUUACAAUCUUGCAACUAUAUUGACCCAUGAAUUCUCACACUCAGGCUCAAUAUACGAUUGUGACCCUACGGAGGAUCACGAUCUCAACGGAGAACUAUGCUAUGGGUGGAAUCUUGUCACUCAGCUUGCCCAGAAGGACCCAGUCGCGGCGUCUAGAAAUGCUGACACCUUUGCAAUUUUCCUCCUCGGAAUGACGCUUGACAAGAAUGACUGGUCAACGGGAAGCAGUAAACCCGUACCUCCCGACUUUCCUGGGCCGAUCAGCCGCCUUACUUGGAAUAAUGGGAAGUGGCAGAAGUAGAGGUUGGCCAGCAGCCCUCGGCGGAAGACAAUAUCUAUAGUUCCUGUGGUAGUUAUCCUUCAUGUCUGGGCAGGCAAUUAACAUCCACGCUCUGCAGUUGAAGGAACCAACAAAGUCCUCUAGUAGGGAUUUCGCAGAGGCCUUAACCUUCCUCGGAUACAAGUUGUUCUGUCCCACGCCCUGUUAUCGCUGGCCACCCGAGAUCACAAUAUCUCAGUUAUCUUUUACCCAAGUGAUCUAGUUAUGUUCCUCGUUAGUUAGCCAAUGGAUGCUGUUGAGAUUCCCGA